CAACCGUUAGAAAAAGAAGAAACUACAGCUGCCGCUGAAUUUCACUCUUCCGCGAGAGACCAAUAUAAACGUGCAACUAUCUUCUUCACACGUUCUGGUUCACACAAACACUGAGGAAGUGAGGAAGAGGCGGCCGCCAGACACUUCUCUUGAUCACGCAUCCAAAACGAGUAGGACUCCUCCUGACUUCAUUUCCUCUCCCUCCUUCUAUGGCUUUCUUCUUUGCUUUUCAGCCCAUGUAAUUCAAUCUCUUCUGCAAUUUCAGAAAUCUUAGUUGCCCCCUUUCUCUUAAUCAAUCUCUAAAUGGCUGAUGUUUUUCGAAUACCAUCUUUUCAUUCACUUUGUUUCUCUUCUUCUUUGCUUACUUCCUUGAAUUCUCUCCAACCGGCUCUUCCCCCAAGUCAGAAUACUAAAAAUUCAGAUAAGAGGAUUUACCCUUUAGUGUAUUCUUCUGCUGGUGGUGCUUCUCGCUUCACUCACACGCCUAGGAAGCAAUUGCUUUCUUUUAAGGUACAUGCAACCAUUGCUGAAACCGACCAGCCAAAAUGGUGGGAAAAGAAUGUAGGACCAAAUAUGAUUGACAUUCAUUCUACACAAGAAUUUUUGGGUGCCUUAAGUCGAGCAGGAGACAGAUUGGUUAUUGUUGAAUUUUAUGGGACUUGGUGUGCUUCUUGCAGAGCAUUAUUUCCCAAGCUCUGCAGGACAGCUGAAGAACAUCCCGAUAUAUUAUUCCUUAAAGUGAAUUUUGAUGAAAACAAGCCUAUGUGCAAAAGUUUGAAUGUUAAAGUUCUUCCUUACUUCCACUUCUAUCGUGGUGCACACGGACAACUGGAAUCCUUUUCGUGUUCGCUUGCAAAGUUUCAGAAAAUAAAAGACGCCAUUGCAAUUCAUAGCGCAGCCCAAUGCAGCAUUGAUCCGCCGAAAGGAGUUGGUGAACUUACUCUUGAAUCUGUGUCAACUCCACAGGACAAGCCAGCAGGAUCAGCAUGAACAUAUUGCUCUUAAUUUAAGCUUUUGUCUAUAGAACACGAGUAAUGCUGAAUGUUACUUGCCUAAUGAAUCUCAGUUUUUAGGUAUCCAUUGUUUAUCUGUAUAUUUCCAAUUUUUUCAAGUGUCCAAGCGAAAGUAGCAAAAGUUGUUAUCCUUAUUGUAGAGGUAUAAACUAAGUGAUUUGUGAGUUUUUCAA